CCGGUAAAUCCCCGCCUUUGUUCAUGCGCGGUGUCUGUAUUUUUAUCUAGUUAGCAUUCUAGCAUUUGCGUCGUCGAAAUAAAUUCCUAGCAAUGUUUCUUUGUUCUUUCGAUUCGACAGGGCCAUUUACUUGAAUCGUAUAUUAUAAAUGCGAUGUACGCACGGUUAGUAGCUUUGCGCUGUUAGAAUCGACCGUACUAGUUUCGGUUGUUCGUGAUGUUUUUACCCUUAACAUGGAGACAAAACGAGGGGAGAUACCUAACGGCGUACUGGACGACCUUUGUAGUCGCUUUAUUUUGCACAUCCCCAGUGAAGAGAGGGACAAUGCCAUCAGAGUUUGCUUCCAGAUUGAACUCGCCCAUUGGUUUUACCUGGACUUCUGCAUGCAGAAUGCACCAGGAUUACCUCAGUGUGGGAUAAGGGACUUUGCCAAGGCUGUUUUUAAUCACUGUCCAUUCCUGCUGCCACAAGGAGAGGAUGUUCAGAAGGUUUUAGAGCAAUGGAAGGAGUAUAAAAUGGGUGUGCCUACUUUUGGUGCAAUAAUUCUUGAUGAAACGCUUGACAAUGUGUUGCUGGUCCAGGGCUAUCUGGCCAAGUCUGGCUGGGGUUUUCCUAAAGGGAAAGUGAAUAAAGAUGAAGCGUUUCAUGACUGCGCUGUGAGAGAGGUUUUGGAGGAGACAGGUUUUGAUAUCAGAGAUCGGAUCUGCAAAAAAACAUAUAUUGAGCAGAGAAUUUCAGAUCAGCUUGCGCGAUUGUAUAUUAUACCGGGAGUUCCUAAAGACACAAAGUUUAACCCCAAGACCAGAAAAGAAAUCAGGAACAUUGAAUGGUUUCCAAUGGACAAACUGCCCUGUCACAGGAAUGACAUGACGCCUAAAUCCAAGCUUGGACUAGCUCCAAACAAGUUUUUUAUGGUGAUUCCCUUUGUGAGACAGCUCAGAGAGUGGAUUGCCAAACGCAAAGGAGAGUCGACAAGCAGCGAUGAGGAUUUUGCGUCUAGUGGCAGCACACCGUCCAAACCUUUCCGCUUGAAGCCCAGAAGAUCUCAGCUGUUGGUGGAAGCAUCUCCAGGGUCAGGUGACAACUGGUCAAAGCAAAAACUGCAGAAACCUUUUGGACAAGCUGCCCAGAGUGAAUUAGUAGAUGUGCUUAAACCCAUGAGUCAGGUGAAAGGCAAUGGAAAGAAACAUCAGGACUCUCCAAACAUAAAGAAAAAAUCUAAUGGUGUGAGUCAGCUGAAAGAUAAGAAACUUCAGCCCAGAAGACUGCAAGACAACUUUGAAACUGAUGAAGCUGUUGAUGUAUAUGGUUUUAACGGACAGAUGUGUUUUGGAGAACAUGAAUGCGUCCUUUCCUCGCAGUCUUUCCUUAGUUUCAGAUUUGAUAGGGAGGCAAUCAUGAAAUCCUGCUUCGACUCCUGAACUCCUCUCAUUUUCCUCCUCUGUUUUAAGAGUCUCCUCAGCUGGGUUAAGAAACAUUGUGUGUUGGACCAAGACUACAUAAACUUUUAUCAUAAACAGAUAAAAGUUUUGAAUAACCUGGAUCUGAAAUGCAGUUAGCUUUAGUUUUUGGUAGUCUGAAUAUUUAUGCAAGUACUCGAUGUGCACAAUCAUGAGAAUGUCAUGAUAAAUCUUCACAUUUCAUAUCAUCACUUAGAAUUCUUUACUUUAUUUUCUGAACACAUUCGCUUUCUCUGAAUAAACACAGAUGAGUGUUAAUAUUGAUUUUGAGCCCCUGACGUUGUACCUCUGCUUGUGUUGUAUUGUGAACUAGCUGAGGAAAUCAUGCCUACAGUCACAUGACGGGUACGAUUCAGAUUGCUGUCAAUAUUACUCAUGCGAAUUCAAAACAUUAUCAUUUUAAGACCACAAUCAGCAAUUAUCUGCUUAGCUUAGACUUUCACAAGUGAUAUUUGUGCACAUGUUGCUACUGACAUUGUUUCUCUAUACUAAUAAUAAUGUCAUGUAUUAUGUGUUUCAGGUUUUUGGUAUUUUUUAUAUGUGAAAAUAUAAAUCCCUUUGAUUUUUAUAUAUAAGUGUAUGUUUGUGUGUGUGUGUAGAUUGUAUGUUUCAUCUGCUGCUGAGGUUGUAUGUAAGGUUUAUUUUUUUUCUCUUAAAGUAUUGUUAAAGUAUUUCUCUUUGUGACAGCACUGAUAUCUUUGGUAUCUCAGUUUACAGAACAGCAGUUUGAGUCACAUCAUCUAUGGUCUUCUUGAUUUUCUUUCUGUGCGAGAGUUUUUGUUUUGUCGUAAAUAAAGAUACUUUUUCAAAA